AUGGUAGAGACCCAGCAGUCUACCGAGCACAAGGAGUCUUUCUUCGAGAAGAUCUUCGACCACCACGACCACCACAAGCAUAGAAACGAGGGCCAGACCGACAAGGAUAAGCGUCUCAGCGGCGAGGGAGGGCUACGUUCCGAUCUGAAGAAAGACGAGGACGGCUUCAAGCAAUAUCUCAAGGAUGAUAAGCGGCUAGAAGAAGAAGGUCAGACCUAUAGAGGCUUGAUGUAG